CGUGCAUUAUCGCGAUCAGCAAGCAUGGCCCAACGUCGCCUCCUCCCCCUCGAACUCAUCGACAAAUGCAUUGGCUCGCGCAUGUGGAUCAUCAUGAAGGGCGACAAGGAGUUCGUCGGGACGCUCCGCGGCUUUGACGACUACGUCAACAUGGUCCUUGACGAUGUGACAGAAUACGAGGUGACGCCCGAAGGCAAGCGGAAGGUCCACGUCGACCAAGUGCUUUUGAACGGCAACAACGUUUGCCUCCUUGUGCCUGGUGGUUCCCCCGAAGGCGAAGAAGAAGAGCAGUAGAACUUGAUAACCUCUCACCAACUCUCAUGCGAUUUCCGUGAUUUCCCGA